UGGGGCAAACGCAUAAUUUUUGCACAAGAAAGACCAAGUUUUUGUCUCAAAUAAUUUUUGCAAAUAAUUUCGUUAAAUUUAAAGAAUAAAAUCAUUGCAAAAAUUUGCAAUAUUUAUCUCCCCUAUUUUUAAACCUAGCAUAGAAAUGAAGUUAAAUUCACUUGUCUACACGACAGGACAGGAAGUGAUUUGUUGCCGUAAACACCUUGCUAGUCAACAAAGAUAUUUUUCUGCACAUGGUCAACAUGAAAACAAACAGACUGGGUCACAAUCACAAUCACAUCACGACUUAUCUUGGGAGGAAGAAUUUAGAACGAAGCAUUUCAUCCCUUUGACACCAUUACAGAAAGCAAUCAUUUAUGCUGGGUCCGGAAUUGCAUCGUUUCUCGAUCCCACAAAAGCAGAAAAUAUUGCAACUUUCGGAGAGAUUUCUGCUACUCCUGUCCUAUCAUCCCUCUACACUAAAAUGAUGAAUGAUUCAGAAGCGUCCCGAAUCUUCAUCCAAAAGCCAAGAAUAAAUUCCAAAACGAUAGACAUGAAAUGGCUCUCCACCCUUCCCGAAAAUACACUGGGUGGAACAUACUACAGGUUUUUAGAUAAGAAUAAGGUAACUCCCGACAGCAGACUUCCCGUAAGAUUCAUCAAAGACCCAGAAUUGGCUUUUGUGAUGCAACGGUAUCGAGAAAUACAUGACCUCGUACAUACAGUAUCUGGUCAACCCACAAACAUGUUGGGCGAAGUGUUAGUGAAAUGGAUUGAAGGGAUUCAAACUGGCCUUCCGAUGUGCCUUACUGGAGGAUUAUUUGGUGCGACAAGACUUUAUCCCAAGCAGCGUACAAAAUAUUCAAACACACAUUUAAAGUGGGCAUUGGAAGUCGGCUUCAAUUCUAAACCUUUCCUAAAUAUAUUUUACGAAGAAAGGUGGGAGCAACCUAUAGACGAAUUGCGACAUUACAUUAGCCCACUUUUACUAACUCCUCCAAAAUCAUAAUGUUUAAUCUCACAUGCUAGUCGAUGUAUGUACGAAUGAAGGUAAUCGGAUAAAAUGAAAUAUUUUUAAAAUA